AUGGCCAGCCUUGCCGGUAACUUCGAGGACACCCACGUCGCCGCGCCGGCGGCGUACCGCCGGUUCGCCUUGCGUGGUCUCUACAUGCGCCGCACCAAGAGCGGGCUGGGCCGAAGCCAGGCGGUGGUCGGCGCCGGUCCCGGCGCGCUCGGCGGCACCGCAUACAUGUCGUGGUGGCCGAUAUACAACGGGCUCGGCGACGACGCGAAGCUCGUCGCCCGGGCCAUAGGCCUCCACUGCGGCGUCCCCGGCUACGGCUUCCACACCCUGACGUUCGCCUUUGAGGAUGACAGGUUCAAGGGUGCCACCCUUCAAGCAAUGGGAAUAGUUCCAGGGGAAGACGAGGACUAUUCCAUUGUUGGUGGAACCGGAGAGUUCGCCAUGGUUAAUGGUGUUGUCAACAGAGUUGUGCUCACAACUGGGGAGCAGAUGGAUAUUGACAGGCUUACUAUCACCGGAUUAAUACCAGUCUUAAAUGAACUACAAGUUGUGCCUGUACAGAACCAAGUCAUAAAGAUUGGAGCAUGGGGUGGAAACGGAGGUCUCGAAGCUGAUGUUGGAGUGCAUCCUCAUCGGCUACAAAGCGUGACCAUCCGCAGUGGUCAGAUCAUCGACUCACUGUCGUACUCUUAUACAGACCAAGCUGGUGAGCAGCAUGUUGCAGGUCCAUGGGGUGGUAUGGGAGGAAACACAGCAACGAUUGAGCUUGCCAACAUGGAGUUCAUCAGGGAAGUUUCAGGAACAACGGGUGCAUUUCUUGGAGACAACGUUGUAACUUCUUUGAAGAUUAUCACCAAUUUAAACAUGUAUGGACCAUUUGGAGUACCAUUUGGCACCCCUUUCAACGUCCCUCUCCAUGGAAAUAACGGCAUCAUUGGAUUCUUCGGGCGAGCAGGACAAUUCCUUAAUGCAAUUGGUGUCUACACCCGCGCGUAGGCUGAAAUAAUGCAUUUAGAUCUCAAAAUGCAUUGUUUCUUUGGUUAUUUGUGUCGUAAUUCAUUCUCUUUUUCCUCGGUUUAUUUGUGUUUAUAGCGAAUAAGCGCAUGCCCGUACUCUAUAUGCGUCCAACGCAUGCAAGUCUGUCCAGCUCGUUGUUUGUUUCUUUGGAAAACUUGAAUUUAACCUCAGCAGUGAGAAAAAAACUAGUAAAUGGUGAGGUUCUCAGAAACAAAAAAUUC